AUGGUUCAAGUGGGCGUGUACUCUCUAUCAGCCUUAGCCCUGUUGGGCAUUGGAGGUAGCACUGCCUGCCAGUUGACGCCAACGAGGUUUCGAACCAACAACCUUCAAAAUCCGUUGGCAAUUGCAGGCGGAACACCAGUGUUUUCGUGGGCCCUGGCGUUUGCUGAGAGUGGCGGCUCUGAGCCGCCAAGGAACGAACUGGGCGUGGACCAUCAUCAGACAGCAUAUCGGUUGACCUGCUACAAUCGAAACCGUGAUAACGAGUCCGUGCUAUGGGAUAGUGGCAAGUUGCCGAGCCGAGAAACACUGCAGAUUGAAUACAAUGGCCAGCCACUGCAGUCGCUCCAACGUGUUCGAUGGCAUGUCCAGGUCUGGGAUGAAAAUGAUCAAGAAUGUCCGUCCACAGAAGAAGAUCCGUGGUUCGAGACUGGACUUCUGGGUGAAGAUUCCUGGGGGAAAUCGGAAUGGAUUGCUCGCUAUGGACCGCUACCACCGUCCACUGGUUUGUGUGAAAUGAUGGCCGAGAAUGACGAGAAUCAAGUGCCCCGUUUCCGGGCGUCCUUGAGUGACAUUCCCAAAUCAAUCGUCCAAGCAAGGGCCUAUAUUUCAGGUUUGGGAUACUACCAUUUGCACAUCAAUGGAGAAAAGGUGGGCGACUCCCUCUUGGAUCCUGGUUGGACCACCUAUUCUAAACGCGUCCUCUAUUCUGCAUAUGACGUGACUUCUCUUCUCCAACUCGAUGGGAGUAACCAUUAUGAGCAAGAACAUGUGGUGGGCGUGGAGCUUGGCAACGGAUGGUGGAACCCUAUUCCCUUACUCUUUUUUGGGCAAGGCAUUAAUCUACGCAAAAGCAUCGUGAUGCAUCAAAGGAUUUCCUCCAGUCGGCCCAUGUUCCGGCUCCGUAUCGUUGGAUUCCAGGCGGAUGGCACUACCGUGCAGCUUUUGGACAGUAAGUCCGGGCAAUCCUCGCCCUGGCUGGCUUCUGGAUCUCCUACGACCUUCAACAACAUCUACCUUGGUGAAAAGUACAAUGCUCUAUUCGAGGACUUGUAUCGUGGUUGGACUACCACAAACUAUACUGUUGUGUCGUCGGGAGAGGAGGUUAGUACUCAGCAAUCUACAGCCAAGUGGCAAGCAGUGGUAAAGGCUAACGUAUCAGGAUUGGGUCGGCUGGAAGCCAUGGAAUUACCACCCAUUCGAAAACAGAAAUGGUUGCCAUCCACACUUGUCUCCACCAAUCUCCUACAAAGCGGGGAAACUGUGGGUAUCAUUGACACUGGGGUGAACCACGCGGGUUCCUGCCAAAUCAGCGUAAAAGAGCAGGGUCCUGAAGCCUUUGGGACAACAAUCAAACUUCGUUAUGGUGAGCUGCUAACCCACGAUGGGAGCUUGAAUGUCUACACCUCUGCAGCUGGUGGUAUCAAGAAGCAGAGGAAUCCCAAGGUUCCCUGCCAACCAGACGUUGCCUACCAGGGAGACACGCUAACUUUGGGUGCGCAAGCUGUCCAGUGGACGCCUUCGUGGUCAUGGCACGGAUUUCGAUACAUUGAAGUCACCACCCCUUCAUCGGUGAGGUUAGAGGAUGUUUCCAUUCGGUGUUUCACCAUGAGAACCGACGUGGAUUUGGUGGCAAACUUUUCUUCCAGUGAUCCCUGGUUAUCUGACUUGCGACAAGUUGUGAAGAAUACCUACGAAUCCAACAUGAUGAGUCUCCAAAGUGAUUGUCCACACCGAGAACGGCUUGGCUAUGGCGGGGACGCCCUGGGGUGUGGAGAGGUUGGAUUGUCCAUCUAUGAUUUUUCGGCAUUCUAUAGAAAGCGGGUAUUGGACUAUAAUGAUGCCCAGGCGCAAACUCCUUCGGGGGCGUUGGAUGGCUUCACCGAGACGUCUCCUUACGUGGGCAUUCAUGAUAAUGGCCUGGGGCAUCAGACGGGUCCCAUUGGCUGGCAAGCAUUUCAACCUGAAGCACUUUUGUGGCUUUACAAAUACUAUGGCGAUACAAGGACGUUGAAAGAAAGCUACAAUCACACGCUCGCCUACAUAAAGCUACUGGACACUUCUGAUCAGAAGCUAAUCGAGGACGGCCUUGGCGACUGGUUAGCUGUUGAUGAAACUGACGUUGCCUUCACAGGUAGAGGCUUUCAGUUCAUGUCCUAUCUUGCUUUUGCAAAUAUCACGGAAAUCCUGGGUAUGUCUCCUAGCGUGGCAAAAAAGUACCGUCAAAAGGCUGCGGAGCUCGUGCACAACAUCAAUUCUCGAUUUCUGGAUGGCACCGGGGCGUACAAAGUCAGCAAGGGACAGCCACUAAACCGGACGACGACGCAAACAGGGCAAAGCAUGGCACUGUUCCACGGUUUCUUGUCAGACGACAACUCGCUAAGAAGCAAGGCACUGCACCAGUUGAUGACAAGUGCUCGCAAGGCCUCUCAUUUGAAGGGUGCUUGUCGAUAUCGUGGCCAGUCGAAGAAGCCCCCUGGUUGUCAGAGUGCCCAUGGAGGACCUGGCCCGCACAUCACAGGAGGCCUCUUUGGGGUCAAGUGGAUCCUCAUGGCACUAGCCGACGGAGGGGAGAAUGAUCUUGCCUAUGACAUGGUAACAACCAGAAGUUACCCUGGAAUCCGGUGGAUGACGAACAAUCCGUUUUCCAAUGCUACAACGGUUUGGGAGACCUUUCAUUUCUCCGAGGACUCGCACAAUCAUCCAAUGUUUAGCUCCACCGAAGUGUGGCUGUUACAGACAGUAGCCGGUAUACAACCUCAUCCAUCUGCAAGAGGGAUGGACCAUGUACUGAUAAAACCAAACCCUCCGUCCCAGCUUCAUCAUGCAUCUGCAUCCUUUGAAAGUCCGCGUGGUGUGACACGGGUCUCGUGGAAACGACAAUUGUCCCAUAGUGGAAAGCCCCUGGGACUCAACGUGACGAUUCCCCCCAAUUGCAAGGCGACAGUUUACAUUCCAGCAGAACGCUCGAUGAGUAUCAAGCACAAUGGAAUUGUCCUUUCCAAUGUUUCCUGGGUGCCCCAUGUUCUGCGUGAAGAUCGUGGGUCGUUUGUGGUUGAAAUUGGCAGUGGUCGGCACAUCUUCCAAGCGAUGGAAGGCAAUCAACGGGCUGUUGAAUUGCAAUAG